CGGACAUGAGUACGUUCGCCCAGCGCACCGAGCACUUCCACGCGUCCAACGAGCCCACGAGAUGUCUAUUCCUGAAGGAAACGAGGCCGAAGGCCCUCAGCCAGAUUUACGAUGCCGCAGCGGCCGCAGCUGUGCGCAGCCUCGACUCGCUGAGACGCGACGUGCCGGAUUCCGCCAUGGAUCUGUUCGUCUGCACGCCGAUACUCUCGAAGCGAGCUGCCAAGCGAAGAGAUCAGAGCCUGGAUAUCGAGUCGAGAGUGCCGCGGGCGAUCGAAGAUCUACGUCGGUGGACGUCGGCCGAGGCACUGGGAGACGUGACGGUCGCACCGGAUUGCGCGUCACGCAUACUGGCCGACAGCGUCGACGACAGCCAGCCGGUCGACCACAAAUUGCCGAGUCCAGAGGAGCAAGUCCAGGCCGUCGCGCUCAAAUUCCCGGCCGAAGUCGUCGCGGUGGACGUGAGUGGACGUGGCUUCCGACGAAUGUCCAUGCACCGGAGGUCCCUGCACGCGGGUCUGCAGGAGCCGCAGCAGCAGGAGACCGUACGCAGACGCUCGAGAACGCGAAGGCCGCGGGGCAAACGGCGCAACACGAUCGCCGGCACCGAUCACAAGGAAAUACGACAGGCUGUUGUUGGAGAAAUUCCAGCGGACGAGUCGCAGGAUCAGCAGCAACAGCAGCAGUCGGCGCACGGGUCCGCGGGCGGCAAGAGCAAACGCGCCUACCGAUCGGCCAGUACAGAUCUGCUCGAGACCAAGAGCAAAGACACGCCGGCCGAGAAGAAGUCUCAUUUCAAUACCCUCAAGGCCUGGGGCCGCUCGAGAUUGAGACUCAUCAGUCCCAAAAGCGCACAAGCCAGUCAACAGCACAUGGACAAUCUGGAUGUUUCGUCGAUCUCUUUGACGCCGACGACGACAUCCUCGAGGCCUCUGUCGCCCGAAGACGAGAUCCUCGACGCCAACGACGCGGCCACCUACGUAAAGGCAACGAAUCGCCGAUCCUACCACGAGCGCAAGCCGUCCUCCUCCUCGUCCAGCGGCAACUCCAACGUCAGCACGCCUAAGCUCCAGCAGCAACAGCAGCUACAGAAACAGCUUCAGCAGCAGCAGCAGCAGCAGCAGCAACAACAACAACAACUGCAGCGCCAGUCGCUGGUGCCGAAGGUCCUGGUGAACGGCCAGACGCAGGAUCAGGAGAGCGGCUUCGUCAAGGAGACGGCCUCGGCCUCGUCGUCGACCUCGUCCAACGGCAACGGCAACGUGAAGCUGCGUGAGAGCGCGGCCGAGAGGCGCGAGCGCAGAAAGGCCAGCAGCAAGCCCGACGAGCCGCCGCACUCGAGCUCUGGCAAUUGGAGCGCCUCGUCCGAGAGCGGCAGAGCCAGUAUCGGUAGCGAGACCACAACGGCCACUACUCAUCAGCCGAGAUCGACGACCACAGCCUCGAUCGGCACAUCGUCGAACUCACUGUCGCACGCGCGUCGGCUGAAAAAUCGCGACAACUCGGCCUCCUCCUCGGUCACGUCCGAGGGCACCCUCACGCCGGACAUAAUCCAGGACAUCAACGUCGUGCCGUUCUCGGACGACGGCGAGACUUCCUCGGUCUACUCGUGCGACACCGAGGGCUACUACACGUCGUUCCACGUGGACUCGGGCCUGAAGACGCUGCGCGAGGAGGAGCCCGCCUCGACGGCCGCCUCGUCGAUCUCGGCCUCGCAGCAGCACCUGCUCCAACCGGUCCAGGCCCUCACCAAGACGAACGAGGUGCAGAGCGAGCCCGCGUCGCCCUGCGUCGAGAACGAGUACGAGCUGUUCGGGCGCGGAUCGACCAGUACGACGACGAGCUCGGCCGGCACGGUUUGCACGACUCUGUUGGCGCCACCGCCACCCGAGAGGAAGAGCAGUCUCACCGUCGUCGCCAUCGUGCACGGAGGCGCGAAGAAGAACGGCGGCGAGUCGCCGGACAGCGGACACAACACGUCCUCCUCGCCGGUGGAGUCGGCCUCUUCGCCGGCCUGCACCGGUCGAUCCUGCUCCGAGUUCGAGUACUCCGAGUCGUCGGACCUCGAGGGCUGCGAGCGCAUCGAGCGCAUACGCUCCAAGACGGCUUGCACGACCAGUCGUAUACCCUCGAUGUGCGUCAUCACGCCCCCAGGUUCGGACGACGAGCAGAGCCAUCGCGAGCAGCAAGAGCAGCAGCAGCAGCAACAGCAGCAGCAGUCGCGAUCGAAGAAGGACCGACCCAAGAGUAACGUACUCAUGUCCGCGACCGUAGGCAGCUCCAAGAUGGAGGUCAUCAAUGGCCAAGAUAAAAAUUUGUACGCCACGGUGCAGACGGUGCCGAUUCAAGUUAGAGAACAGCAGCCAGUCACCAGUCAAAGUACCUACGACAAAGUACCUCCAGCUCAAGCUCUGAAAACGAGUCCACUGAGUAGUGUGCUUGGUAAGCUCCGUACCGUCUUAUCGAGUCACAAACAACAGCAGCAGCAGCAAGUGAAGUCGAACGUCGACUUGGAAACGAACAAUCUGAACAACAAUCGGCCACCGUUGGGGGCCAACGACCCGGGCGACUACGUGACGAUCGCCGACGUGCGCAACAACAACGACAAGCGCACUUCGGCCGGGGCUGCCUCGAGUGCCACCUACGCCAACGCCGACCUCUUCAAGCGCGACGCCGAGUACGUGAGCCUGAGCGAGCUGCCGAGGAAGCAGGACUCGUCGCUCGAGAGGCGGCGACAGGGCGCCAGGGUGACCCUCGACUCCGAGGGCAAAGUCGUCUACUCGUCCGAUAGUCUGAAGCGCAGGAAAGCCGCGCACACAACCUUCAUUCCAGGACCAUUUGUUAAAGAAGGCUCAAGUUCGCCUGGUCAAUCGCCGAUUUUGCGCCGAGCUCAAGUCGUGCCCCGGGCAGUGAUUAGAACGGGUGACACAGUCGACGCAGCCUCGAUCAAGCCCACGAUCAUCGCCGAGACGCCCAAGUCGAGCAUCGCCGGCCAAGCUCAGCAGCAGUUGGGCAAGCUGAUAAUCCGCGCGGCCAAGUCGCCGGAGCGCAGCGUCAGUCCGGAUUACGUUCGAACGCCGACUACCGUGGUCGGACCCACGCCUACGUCGGCCACGACGACGACGACGGCUACGCCGCUGAGCAGCAUCGGCGCCGCGAGACUGGCUCGUCAGGGUGCCUACGUCAACGUCCAGGGCAGCGAAGAAAAACCUACGCUUGUCAGUCAAGUGGCCGAGCAAAGCAACGCCGCUACUGCUUGCCAACAUCAACAGCCGCCACCUUACAUCGGUCCUCCGCAGGUGACCUACGCCGACAAUCGCCUAACGCGUCCUCAACACCCAGUGCAAACUCAGCUUCCGUCGGCUACUCAACUGCAACAGAAACACCAACAACAAAUACAACCACACAACAUUCAUCCUUAUCAAUUGCAAGCGAAUCAUCUGGCUCAUCAACAUCCUCAUCAUCCUCAUCAUUUAGUCUACGAAUUCGAUCCUCAAUACCAAAGAUUAUACUCUAAUUACGCGGACAAUCAGCGAAUCCUCUGCCAGAAUCAGUUCUUCACUCUGCCAAAUCGAAAGUCCCAACGCGAAGUGAUCGAUCCCCCGCGCAGCAUAACUCCCGACAUCACCAGAGGAUUGGUAAAUAGCAAAGUAGCGGUGGGCUCUCUAAGCGCAGCACACAUGCUCGCCCGACAGGGUCAGAAAAAUAAUGUGUCGGAGAAAUUGCUGGCCCACCAUCAUCAAGGCCAGAUGUCGAUGUAUGCCCCAUGCCAGGCUGAGCAACAUCUGCAACAGCAGCAGCAACGAAGGAUGUCACCCGUGGACAUGAAAAACAGGUUCGCUUCUCCACACAGCUUAUCAGCCGUGGGUUAUCGUCUUUUUGCCUCGCCUGGCCUUCAACAGCAGCAGCAACAGCAAAUGCAGCAACAUCAACAGCAGUAUCAAGAAAAUCUGAAAAACGCGCCGUUUUCGCCAAUCGGACCGGAGCAUUCGAAUGGAAUUAGAACGUCGACACCAACAUUGAAAAAUAACUAUCGAGCAUUACCAAGCGUCGCCGAGAGGCUCGCGCUUCAAUCGCAACGUUGCGCCUCUCCCAAUCCAGCCCUUCUGAAUUAUUCGGACCGAUCGGACUCUGGCAGGAAUACACCGACGAGCUUGCUACUGUCGCCGAUCAAGAGCACCAUGUCAAACGAGGAACUGUUCGCAGUCAUACACAAGUCGAAAAAGAGACUGAACAUACGGGAGGACGGUGAGAGUCUCUCGCCGGCCAAUUCGAUCGGUUCGUUGAGCAAAGGACAACAAAUGAUCGGUACGAGACACAGUUGGAGUCCCGAAUCUCAGAAGACACCCGAGAUUCCAAAAACGAUCCUAGCUCCACUGGCAACGUCUCGCAUGGAUUUCAAACGUCUACUGCUCCAACAGAGCAUAAAGGUCGGACCCACUCGAAUAUCGGCGGCCGAACAGCUGAAGCUGUCGCGCCAACAACAGCUCCAGGAGCCAUCUCAACAGACGGCCUCACCGAUCAAGCACACGAAUCAACAGAUACCGUUGAACAAAGUCAUGAGUCCGCGAUCGGCCUGGAGAUUCCAGACGCCGCGCACGGAUGUGCUCUCGUCGACGAUUAUCGAGGACGCCGCCGCCGAGGAGAAGGCGAUGAAGCCCUCGCCCGAGACCCCCUAUCCCGUCACGAAAUUGCCACCGGUGUCCACGAAUUCGAGGCGGCAGCUCGACAUGGCCGAUGAAAAUAAAAAGGAAGAGCUGACGAACGUCCUGAAGGAGAGCAAAAAAGUCAUUAAUCAGCUGGCACCGUCGCGGCCCCUCAUGAAGAACGAGAAGGAACUGGAAAAUCGUUUGCAGGCCAUCGAUGACAAUCCAAUCAAGGCCAUUGAGAAUCGGCGUAUCAGCAAUCAAUUGGCCCGAGCACAAUUUUUAGCUGGUAACAGCGCGACGAGCGCAGCCGACAACAACCCAAAAGAUCUGUUCGGCGCGCGGUUCAGGGCGCGAUCGGAAUCGCCGCAGCAGAACGCUCACCAGCAUCGGGUACUUAAUUCGGGAUCGCCGAGCAGCCAAGCGCAGCAACAGGCGGCCUCGGCGGCCGACGCGAUCGUGUCGCGCAGCCCGAGCGCACCGGCCCUCGAAACAGCGCUCUAGAGAGCAAGCUGGGCAUAGGCCUUUUCGACGUCAAUUUUUUACUAGCUUUAACCGCUGCCUUGCAUAGCCCAUAGACGUAUUAGCCCUUCGGAAGGGAUUGUAAAAUAUAUAUAUAUAUUAUAUAGCAAACAACUUGUACAAUAACGAAUCGAUCUCGAUAGUUAUAUUCAUUUAUGUUCUCGAGAAAGUCGCCAAAAUAUCAUGCAACGUUCACAUGAUGAAUUUCGCCAAUCAGAUUGCGAAAUCGUUUCUUGACAUUUUGAGCCAGCGAAAUGUUAUUUUUUUUUUUUUUUUGUAUGUAAAUUUUUAGUCUAUAAUGUUUUCUCAUUUAUGUACAGUUUACAUAUGUAUAUGCAAAAUAUUACGAUUAAAUUAUUAUACUUUGUAUAAAAGCGUGAACAUUUUGUGUUGAGUUUGUUGGUUUGUGAACGGUAUAUAUUUUUGAAAGAAAAUAAUGUAAAUAUUUUUUAUGACUUUAUCACGCCGUUUACUCUGCGUACAUACUAUAUAGUUUACUCAACGAGCACCACGAUAUAAUUGUAUUUUUCUUUUCACAAAUUUGUAUAGCACGCGAUCGAACUAAUUCAACAGUACGUUGUACCUUGAUUUUAUCAACUGGAUAUAUUUGUAACAAAUUGUAUAUUUUUCGAUUUCGAAAAAUGUUCAACAAUGUAAAAUGUAAAUUAAAUUUACUACGCUUAUAAGUUUUCGCGCCUCUAACAUUACGAUAACGCAGCAAUUUUUUCAAAAAAUCAGUUAAAUCAUUCUUCCAAAUGACUGAAUUGCAUUUAACUUAUUGCAAAACGCAGUCUGAGCGAAAUAAAUUUCGUUCAUUUGUCUCGCGUUUUGAUUUAAUUUGUACGUUUUAUCGUUGAAAAAAAAAUACACAAAAGAAUUCAAGUGUCAGAGACUCGCAACAACGUAGAUCAAUAUCUACGACUUUGUAGAGACUCAAGGCAAUUGAACUUUGUCUUCUUUGUCAAAUUUAUACAUCAAGGAUAUAAUUAUAUAAUACCUUCAUCGUAACUGAUGGAAAAUUAACUUGAAGAAUCUCAAUCGCUUGCUACUAGUCUAGUCUGGGUAGAUUAUUUUCCUACUACAUGUAUGUUCUUACCUGAAAAAAAUAAAAUCAAUUAUUUAUAA